UACACGCCUGCUUUAUUACACGCCUGCUUUACUACACCCCUGCUUUAUUACACUCCUGCUUUAUUACACACCUGCUUUACGACGCUCCUGCUUUACGACGCUCCUGCUUUACGAUGCUCGUGCAUUAUUACGCUCCUUCUUUUCUACACUCCUGCUUUACUGCACUCCUGCUUUACUACACUCCUGCUUUACUACACUCCUCUUGCUUUACUACACUCCUGCUUUACUACACUCCUGCUUUACUACACUCUUGCUUUACUACACUCCUGCUUUACUGCUUAGAGCUAAGCAAAACACUAUCACUUUAAUGAGAACUCAUGGCAAUCAGACUGCAGUGGAAGCCUUUGUAUUCCUGGCUGAUGUCAGCCCCGCCUUUCCACCUGUGAGGGGGCCAAUCAGUGCACAAUGUUUUAUGGAGUGGGUGUGGCUAGUUUCUCUGGCCCCUCCCUGCUGUUAAAGGCCCAGUCCCCCCUCCCCUUUGCUCAGAGGUGUGGGUGCAGCUGGGCAGGAGACACAAGGAAGGAUGAACAGUCUUUGUACCCUCAAACACAUUGGUCUGGAUCCUGAGACGGAUCAUACGAGGACGAUACGUCUAACUCUACGGGAGGACGAGUCUCCAGAGAGAAGUGACCCCAACAAGGUGAAGCCUGUGGGACGUGCCUUUGCUCUACUCUCCUCCCGGCCACAACGGGGGUCUUCACCCCUCAACUCAGAGCUCAUCAAAUCCAAAGAUGGAGACGAAGAGAUCAUUAAGGUUUAUCUGAAAGCCAAAGCGGAGGAAAAGGCCAAUCAUGAGUGGAACGUCAGCCAGCUGAGGAAUGAAGUCAAACAGAUCCAGCAGGCUAGAACAUCACUCCAGCUUCUCAGGGAAGAUAUUACAUCUGCUUCCCAGAACCACGGAGAGCGAGAGUCACAGCCCGACAAGGUUCACGUUGAGAGACAGAACGGACUCCGACAUUACAGAGAUCCCUGGCGAGGGGCACAAGCUGCAGAGCAGGAAGAGGAAUUCCCGCUGGACAAUGGCAAGGACAUGCGCCAGACGGCUCAGAGGCUAUUUACUAAGCUGCAGGAGGCAGAGAAGAGGCAACAGGCCGACCGCCGGAUGUUCCAGGAGAAACUGGGCCAGUGCCAGGCUGAGGUUGAGCAGAACCGACGAGGGAGGUUGGAGGCCGAGCAGAAGACGACAGAGCAACAAAAAGAAGUGGAGGAACUGAGGAGGCUGAUGUCCGGGAUGGAGAAAGAACACCAGCAGCUGCUGCAGAAGAUGAAGGAAAAUGAGGAGGAACUGGAAAAGAUGAAGAAACAAGGAAAGCAAGAUGAACCCUUGCAGGAGAGGUGUGAGGAACUUGAGAAGACAGUGGCUAAUCUAAAGGAAAAGAUUCAUCACUUGGACGACAUGUUAAAAAGUCAGCAAAGGAAAGUGCGACAAAUGAUUGAGCAGCUGCAAAAUUCCAGGACAGCAAUGCAGGAGAAAGACACAGUGAUUCAGGAGCUACGGGAAAAGGUUUCUUGGUUACAGGCCGAGAAUCUUGAAUUGCAAGAUAAACUGGACCACUUCAUGUCCAACAACUCAGGACACACAUCUUAUCUGUCACGGGGCUAUUCCACCAAACCUACUCCAAAUUUUAAAAGAGUAUACCUCCCACCAGGAUCUGGUCGCCCCUUUCCUCUCAUUAAAUUGGUGGAGACAUGAACUGUGAAAGUGACUUGCACCUGGAAACCUACCAGUGCCGCCAUAACUAUCCAGGGCUGGUGCUCCAUAGGACUCCGUAGAUGAUCAGCAGCACCAGCUGGGUUCAUCCUUCUUGUUUACCCAUUGUCUUUGGAAUGACAUCACCUGAAGUCUCCACUUGGCAGCUGUGCUCCGCAAACUUCCAGCCUUUGAAUCCUGGAGAACACCCAGGAGCACUCAAUGACCCUUGAGGGUUUCACACCAACAAGAGAAAAGCACUGUGGGUACUAAAUGAUCUGUAGGACCCGUAUUUAUUUUUUUCCUGAACACUUGGAUCUUCCUACCGUGUGUAGCUUAGAUUGUGAAGGUAGAAUUGGAUUCUAGACAGUCAUAUAAGUCAUGUAACCUAGAACAUAGAUAUAAAACUGGAUAUUAAGAUGUCAAUUAACUUUAUAGAGUAGACGAGCUGAGAAAGAUUCCUAUUCAGCAUAUCACAAGGAGCUAGAGCAGUGCCUGCUUAUUGUUUACUUGAUCAAACCAAACCUCUUCAAGGCUGCAAAGCCCAACACAGACCUCUGCAAAAAUGAUAUAGAGCAAGUGCCUUGCAAGUUGGCCUCUCCUGUGUUUGUAUGACCAAAGAUCUGGGACUUCUCUCAGAGCUCCUACAAAUGAUCCGUCCUGUUCAUGAGCAAUGUUGGUCUUUGUUCCCAUCCUCCGACCCAAUAAUAACCCCAUAAUAUCCUGCAUGCCUUCUCUGUGCCUUUCCACCCUCUCGAUAUGGAGGCAGAAUACUGUUACCUGUGUCUGUCAUCUCUUUAUCCUUUCAGUGCUGCUCAUCGCAUUCACCAAGCCAGGGACACCUCUGCUGAGUCCAACUUUUUAUCUGUACCCCUGGGGUAUUUGACCUCCUCAACCCUUCAUAGGCACAAAGUUCUUCAACCCACAGAAGUAUUUUCUUCAUGGGCAUAGAGCUCCCCAACACUUGCAUGUCUCUCCUUCAUGGGUACAGAGCUCCCCAACCCUCACAUGUCUCUCCUUCAUGGGUACAGAGCUCCCCAACCCUUACAUGUCUCUCCUUCAUGGGUACAGAGCUCCCCAGCCCUCACAGAUCUCUCCUUCAUGGGCACAGAACUCCCCAACCCUCACAGGUCUCUCCUUCAUGGGCACAGAGCUCCCCAACCCUCACAGAUCUCUCCUUCAUGGGCACAGAGUUCCCCAACCCUCUUAGGUCUCUCCUUCAUAGGAACAGAGCUCCCCAACCCUCACAGGUCUCUCCUUCAUGGGUACAGAGCUCCCCAACCCUCACAUGUCUCUCCUUCAUGGGAACAGAGCUCCCCAGCCCUCACAGGUCUCUCCUUCAUGGGCACAGAACUCCCCAACCCUCACAGGGCUCUCCUUCAUGUGAACAGAGCUCCCCAACCCUCACAGAUCUCUCCUUCAUGGGCACAGAGCUCCUCAACCCUCACAGGUCUCUCCUUCAUGGGCACAGAGUUCCCCAACCCUCACAUGUCUCUCCUUCAUAGGAACAGAGCUCCCCAACCCUCACAGGUCUCUCCUUCAUGGGCACAGAGCUCCCCAACCCUCACAUGUCUCUCCUUCAUGGGCACAGAGCUCCUCAUCCCUCACAGGUCUCUCCUUCAUGGGCACAGAGCUCUCCAACCCUCACAUGUCUCUCAUUCAUGGGCACAGAGCUCCCCAACCCUCACAGGUCUCUCCUUCAUGGGCACAGAACUCCCCAACCCUCACAUGUCUCUCCUUCAUGGGCACAGAGUUCCCCAACCCUCACAUGUCUCUCCUUGAUAAGUAUGGGACUUUCCUAACCCUUACAGGCUUUUUUCAUUGUCCACCCAGAAUCCCAGGGAAAAACCACAAAAAACAUCCUCUCUCUCUCUCUCUUUGUUACAUUAACGUGUGUGUAUUUAUUUGGUUACUGAACCUCUAACAUAAGUAGAAGUGUAAAUAGAAAUAAAUAAGUUAUGAUA